AAAAAAAACAACCAAAUUACAGUCUACUGUCCUCUCAAAAUUAUAAACUCAAAAUAAAAAAACGUAAACUUUUAUUUAAAACAAAGUCUUUAUACUUUACUUAUUUACUACUCUCACUCUCCCCAGUUUUCUGGGUUUCACCAUAUUGGCUGCGCGGCGUUUCUCACGCCACCUCCUCCGCAGCCACCACCACCACACCACCACCCAAAAAAACACUCUUCUUUCUCUCUCCUCUUUUUCCCCCACAUUUCUUUUCUUUUCUUUUCUUGUUCUUUCAAGAACAUUCUAGAAAGAAAUGAAAUCUUCUCCACACCUUCCACCACCAUCACCAUCACCAUCAACUGGGACCCACCUUCUGGAGAUCAACUUAAUCUCUGCACAAAACCUUAAACCUCCUUCAACUAAUCUCCGACGCCUCCAAACUUACGCCGUCGCUUACAUUAACCCCUCUCGCAAGCUUCGAACUCGCGUCGAUCGUCUAGGCGCUGAAAACCCUACUUGGAACGACAAAUUCAUUUUCAGAAUUUCCGACGCUUUUCUCUCCUCUCAAACCUCAUCUUUCACCGUCGAUAUCUUCUCCGUUGGUGUUCUCAAAGACGCUAUUCUCGGCUCCGUCAGAUUCAUCCUCAGCAACUGCGUUACUCGCAACUCAAUCGGCCUUCCUUCUUGCGUCGCUGUUCAAAUUCGACGUCCUUCUGGAAGGUUCCACGGAGUUUUAAACGUCGGUGUUAUGGUUAUCGACGCUUCGUCAGAAUUAGGGUUUUCUCUCGCCGGAAUAUCGUCGGCGAUUGGAUAUCGUGACUUUAUGGGAGAAAGUCUUUGCCGGGAAAAUCAUCGGCGUGGUGUUUCCGAUCUGAGUUCCGGCAGCGAGUCGUGUGGAGGUGACUCGUUCGAUUUCUCCGAUGGUACUGAGUCAACCGCUUCUAACUCGUCUUCUGCUUCUGCGUCGAAUGUGUUGAAGGAGUUGAAUGGGAGGAGAGAAAUGGCGGGAAAAGAGGAAAAAGAGGGAGUUAUUCUAUGUGGUUUAGGGUUUCAGAAGAAGAUACAACAAUUCAGUCCUCAUCGUAAUAUCAAGGGUUUUGGUUCGUUGGAUUUAGACACUGGUAGAUGAUAGACGGCUGAGAUUGAAUCUAGGGUUUUGUUUUUUUGUUUAUCAUAUUCUUGUUGGUUUACUGAAUCAUUGCUCACAUAGGUUGAUAAUAAGCUUUCCUUAUUUUGUGAAUUUUGAUUUAGUUAAAUAUUUUUGUAAUGGAGUUUUUGGUUCUAUAAUUCAAUUUCACUAUUUUGGAAUUACUAAUAAAAGUAGUGUAUUUGUUCA